AUGUCGAUGUUCACCACUCUUCUGCUUCUCAGCGCUGUCUUUGCUCUGGGAGAUGCAAGCCGUAGAAGAGAGCAUCAGCAUCAUCUCUGUGACUUGCAGGAAAUCCUUCCUCCUCUGAAAGAUCCCUAUGACUCAGAGGAAAACAGUUCUCCCUCGGAAGAACACAUUCAUCCUCCGAAAGAUCGGUCUGACUCGGAGGAACACAUUCAUCCUCCGAAAGAUCGGUCUGACUCGGAGGAACACAUUCAUCCUCCGAAAGAUCGGUCUGACUCGGAGGAACACAUUCAUCCUCCGAAAGAUCGGUCUGACUCGGAGGAACACAUUCAUCCUCCGAAAGAUCGGUCUGACUCGGAGGAACACAUUCAUCCUCCGGAAGAUCGGUCUGACUCUGACUCGGAGGAACACAUUCAUCCUCCGAAAGAUCGGUCUGACUCUGACUCAAAGGAACACAUUCCUCCCCGGAAAGAGUGUCAUCGCAGAGUCUGCCCAAAAGGCUGGCACAGAUAUAAGACACACUGCUAUCACUACUUCCCCUUCAUGUCCACAUGGCCAGAGGCAGAGAGGAAAUGUUUGCGUUUGGGAGGUAACCUGGCAUCAGUGCACAGCCUUCCCCAGUAUCGUUUCCUUCAGUCUGUCAUCAGGAAGAGUACCAAGAAAAUCCAGCGCACCUGGAUUGGAGCCAACGAUGCCAUCAAGGAGGGUCUUUGGCUGUGGAGCGACGGGUCCAGGUUUAACUACCAGAACUGGGGCCCGGGUCAACCCUCUAACUAUAACCAUGGUGUUAUUAGGGACAACACGAACGGCCGGGAGCAUUGUAUGGAAAUGAACUAUGGAGCUUCCCGCUGCCAGAAUGAUGCCCCCUGCUGGUUCACAUUUCCCUUCCUGUGUUCCAGAAAGCGCUGAGGUCCACAUUUUGGGAGAGACAACAUUGGAGAAGCUCUCUGGCAUUUGAGAUUGUUUUAAAUAAAUGCACCGUCUGCAAUGUAACUUUUUGUUCAGUGGUCAUUUAUACAAAACAC